UUUUACACUCUGUCCUUCACACGUUUGGAUCCCAUUCUGGUGACAACACACUCCAAACCGCUGCUAGAGAGAUUCUUUUUAUUUUAUCACUUUACUCUUUAAAUUAUUAUUAUUAUUUAUUUGAUUUUUUUAAAAACUGUUUUUCAUUUUGCAGUGUUGUUAUAUAAACCACAAGGACCCAGACCCCCUUAUUUGGGUUCAGCGUCGGAGCUCUUCGUCUUCUUUUAUAUCGCUUUAAAAACAAAAUACAGGUUAUACAUGCGAACCCGAUGUUGGAAAAAGCUUCUCCUUCUUUGUUCGCAGCUCUCUUUUGUUUUUAAUAACGACCGGACUUUUCAUUUCUCUAACCCUUUAAGACGAUUUAAGAAAUAGCAUGAUCCUUUGUGUGCCAGGUCCCAGAGCUCGUCUGCCCGCUGCGCCAUCCACUGAAGUCCCACAGGGCAUGCGGGCAGGAACUGUACCUCCUACCCCUUGCCUUCAAAGCACCCCUUCGCUAUGGGACCCCACAAAGGACCUGUGGGCAAUCGCCAGCAACUUCUGCUAUCUAGAGAAUUCAGGAUGGUACUGGGGAGCUGUAACUGCGACACAAGCCCACGCUGCACUUCAAGAGGCAUCUGAAGGAGCUUUUCUGGUACGGGACAGCAGCCACCCUCUGUACAUGUUGACCCUCUCGGUCAGGACUGCGCGUGGUCCCACCAGUAUACGGAUCCAGUACAGUGGCUCCCAGUUUUUGCUCGACUCCAGCUCCCCGGCCCGGCCCAGUCUGUCGUCCUUCCCCAGUGUGCCCAGCCUGGUGCAGCACUACAUGGGACCACAGAGGAAAGCAGAGGAGGAGAAGGUGGAGGAGGAGGCUCCUUCAAAACCCACUCAACAGACAAUUCAGGAGACAUCUGUGGUGUUAAAACUGAAGCGGGCCGUGUACAAGCCCCAGGGCCUCCCCUCCUUACAGCACCUUACACGGCUCGUCAUUAACAGACACUCUGACUGCCCUGACCAGCUACCACUCCCGAGGCCUCUGCUGCGUUACAUACAGGACUAUCCCUUCAAGGUAUGAGACGGGGGUCCCUCAAGACCAUCAUUCUGGCUGAAUAUCAGCUGACUUAAAGGAAGGAAAUAAAACAGUGAAACAGGUCCUUUGUGCCUGUAAAUGACAUUGCUGCUGCAGCAGUCGGAGGCCAGUCACGAUAAUAAUACUAGACACAGGGUCAUGCUUUUGCUGAUAGAAUAUGUACAAAUCCAGUUAAUGCUGAUGUGCCUGGUUACAGACUUAAUUUGUCAAGGACUGGGUGGUGAAACACCCCAGAGAGAAAGACGACUCGUGAGAAGACUCCAGUACUGUAAUAAUCUACACUUUAUUUUAUGAUGAAUGCGGAAAUUGUCCAUGUCCAUUUGACCCUCAUCAGUUCUGGAUGUACAUACUGUUCCUCAGAAGUACACCGAUUCCAUCUUUUACACCAUUUUAUUUUUCUCAGUAAGACAUUUUUUCUACUUUUUAACAUGUGUACAUUUUUUCUAUUAAAAUAAGCGAUUUGAGUCUAA